CAACACUGCCACCUUAAGCAGAUUACUUUUUUGCGCUGCCUGUGUCAAACACGUAGCUCACUUCGCUUCUCUCCAUCAUGUUCAGGAUGCUGAAACACCACCUUCACCCGGGCUUUUUUGUCUUGUUCAUAUGGCUUUGUCACCUCAUGGAACAUCAAAAAGUUCAAGCUGGGAACUGCUGGCUGCAGCAGGGGAAGAACGGGAGGUGCCAGGUGCUCUACAUUCCCGGGAUGAGCAGGGAGGAGUGCUGUCGGAGCGGAAGACUGGGGACGUCCUGGACCGAAGAGGACGUCCCCAACAGCACGCUCUUUAGGUGGAUGAUCUUCAAUGGCGGAGCUCCAAAUUGCAUACCUUGCAAAGAAACCUGCGAUAAUGUUGACUGCGGACCCGGGAAGAGGUGCAAGAUGAACAGAAGGAGCAAGCCCCGCUGCGUGUGCGCACCGGACUGCACCAACAUCACCUGGAAAGGACCGGUCUGCGGCGCAGACGGAAAGACCUACAAAGAUGAAUGCGCACUGCUCAAAGCGAAAUGCAAAGGCCACCCCGACCUGGACGUGCAGUACCAGGGAAAGUGCAAGAGUAAGUACAUGUUAUGUGCAAUCUCUCAGCACUUUUUAUACUUUGUGUCACGUCUAAACUUCUUUUUUUUUGUCUGGACAGAAACGUGCCGCGACGUCUUGUGCCCCGGCAGCUCCACGUGCGUCGUGGACCAGACGAACAACGCGUACUGCGUGACGUGUAAUCGGAUUUGCCCUGAGGUGACAUCACCCGAGCAGUACUUGUGCGGAAACGACGGGAUCGUCUACGCCAGCGCGUGUCACCUGAGACGAGCGACCUGUCUCCUCGGCAGAUCUAUCGGAGUGGCGUACGAGGGGAAAUGCAUCAAGGCCAAGUCGUGUGAGGACAUCCAGUGCAGUGCAGGCAAGAAGUGUCUGUGGGACGCUCGGAUGAGCCGGGGACGCUGCUCGCUGUGCGACGAGACCUGUCCGGAGAGCAGGACGGACGAGGCAGUGUGCGCCAGCGACAACACCACGUAUCCCAGCGAGUGUGCCAUGAAGCAGGCCGCUUGCUCUAUGGGGGUGCUGCUGGAGGUCAAGCACUCAGGAUCUUGCAACUCCAUUACAGAAGACCAGGAGGAGGAUGAGGAUGAUGAGGACUCAGACUACAUGGCCUAUGUCCAUAUAUCUUCUAUACCGGAUGGAUAGGCCCCCGUCACUAGGGGAACAGUCCUAGGGCAAGGAAUCAUGUCCAUACUGUACAUUAUGUGUAUGCUUAUUUAUUUUUUAAAGAAAAAGGAAGUAUACAUAUAGUUCAGUCUGCUAGAUGUUUAUUUAUACUUUGUGUGUGUUUUAUAAUUUAUACAUUUACAAUGUCAGGCUUACUAUCUACCAUGAUAUAUUGUGUUACCACUCAUUUCCCCCUAUUUGUUGUUGUCCCUUUUUACUUUCCUUUCUCUUUUUUUUUAAUCAUGAAGAAAUAUAUUUGUCCAAAGAGAAGCAGUGUUAUUUAUUUGUCAUGUUACCGUAUAAGUAUAGGUCCUCUACAAGCUGUAAAUUGCAUUCCCUGAAGCUGUAAAAAAUCUGCUUGUUCCUGUCAAAUCUCUAUCACAGAUGUUUAUGUCACACAUACGUAAAUGCAUGUUUAGGCUGUGUGUUUAUUUAUUGGGAAUAUAUCAAUCAUUUUAUGUACAGAAGUGUUUCUGGUUUGUUUACAACUCAUAAGAACUGACCAAAGGGAUUAUCUCAAUGGUUUUCGCAAAAAGAGCAUUGUAAAGGUUGCAACACAGCAGUGAGGAAAUGGAAGAGAAAAAAAAAUGAGCCAUUUGUAUUUCUUUUCUUAUUUCUUUGAUUACUUCUUAGUUUUAGCCCUUUAGAUUUGUUUCCACAUGGAGACGAUGACUUAAGACAUUAUUUUCAAUAGCAUUUAUUUUGUCUGACCACAUUAGAGCAGAGGUAAGUUUUGGACAAUACUUGAUUAUUUUGGAAACAAUGUGCCAUUAACAUUUGUGUGCUGUCUUCUUGCCAAUGUGCUCCAAUUUGCUCUCGCAGAGCUAAAACAGGACUAACGUACUGCAGUACUCUUUCGCUAUAUCGGACGUCAUCACUUUGUUUCUUUGCAUUUUUAUUUUCAAACAUCACAAGAGAAAUACAAAAUUCUGUUAUGAAUAUAUAGUUUUGUAUUUUUUAUGUAAAUGUCAUAUGUACAUACAAAGUUUGAUGGUAUUUGUACAGAUAUGAAGAGUGAAACAAUAAAAAAAAAUUUCCUUAUA